AUGCCCCGCUGGCGGGGCCGGCUGCGGGGCAUCGCGGUGGCGGUGGCGCACGGGCUGUGCUCGGGCUCGCUGAACAUCCUGCUGAAGUUCCUGCUGGCCCGCUACCACUUCGCCUUCCUGACGCUGCUGCAGUGCCUGAGCAGCGCGGCGGCGGCGCUGGGGCUGGAGGCGCUGCGGCGGCGGGGGCUGGCGGCGCUGCCGCCCUUCGGGCCCCGCCUGGCGCGCCCCUUCGCCGCCGUGGCCGCCCUGGCCACGCUGCAGUCCACCCUCACGCUCUGGUCGCUGCGCGGCCUCAGCCUCCCCAUGUACGUCGUCUUCAAGCGCUGCCUGCCCCUCGUCACCCUCCUCACCGGCGCCCUGGUGCUCCGCGACGGCAUGCCCUCGCCCGGCGUCCUCGCCGCCGUCCUCAUCACCACCUGCGGCGCCGCGCUGGCCGGAGCUGGUGACCUGACGGGGGAUGCUAUGGGCUAUGUGACAGGCGUGCUGGCUGUGCUGAUACACGCUGCCUACCUGGUGCUCAUUCAGAAAACCAGCGUAGAGAAUGAAUAUGGACCCCUGACAGCUCAGUAUGCCAUUGCUGUUUCAGCCACCCCCUUCCUCAUUAUUUGCUCCUUUGCCAGCAUGGACUCAAUCAACGUCUGGUCAUUUCCGGGCUGGAAGGACCCUGCCAUGGUGUGCAUCUUUAUUGCUUGUGUCCUAAUUAGCUGUGCCAUGAACUUUACCACCCUUCACUGUACUUACAUUAACUCAGCUGUGACCACCAGCUUCGUAGGGGUGGUGAAGAGCAUAGCAACCAUCACCGUGGGUAUGGUGGCAUUCAAUGAUGUGGAGCCCACAAAGUUAUUUAUAGCUGGUGUUGUGGUCAACACCUUGGGUUCUGUCAUCUACUGCGUGGCCAAGUAUGUUGAGACCAGGCGGAAGAGCAGUUAUGAAGACCUGGAGACAGAAGCUAGAGAAGAGGAGGAAAAAGGACAGCCUGGGGACCAAGCACUGUUUGUGAUGGAGGCAAUUUCCAGGGAGAAGGGGGCUGAGGAAGCAACGGUGGAGGGGUCAGCAAGCGGGGACAGUCAGAGCAGAGAGGAAGAGAAGAAUGGCACUGUGAAACCUGCUGAGGUACCAGCGACUGCCCAGGGAGGAGCCGUUGGUGCAGAAGAAGUGAACAGGAGCUCGCUGAAGGAUGCCUAUCUUGGAGUAUGGAGGCUGGUGAGGGGAGCUAAUUAUAUAAAGAAGGAUUAUUUGAUAGAAAAUGAAGAGCUACCAAGUCCUUAA